UGGUCGUCGGAACGCAGUCGCCGUUCUCUUCGCUCGCAGCUUCCUUCACCGCCCUUGACAAUGCAGAUCUUCGUGAAAACCUUGACUGGCAAGACCAUCACCCUCGAGGUCGAGCCCAGUGACACCAUCGAGAACGUCAAGGCCAAGAUCCAAGACAAAGAGGGCAUCCCCCCAGACCAGCAGCGGCUGAUCUUCGCCGGCAAGCAGCUGGAAGACGGGCGCACCCUGUCCGACUACAACAUCCAGAAAGAGUCCACUCUGCACCUGGUCCUGCGCCUGAGAGGUGGGAUGCAGAUCUUCGUGAAGACCUUGACCGGCAAGACCAUCACCCUCGAGGUCGAGCCCAGUGACACCAUCGAGAAUGUCAAGGCCAAGAUCCAAGACAAAGAGGGCAUCCCCCCAGACCAGCAGCGGCUGAUCUUCGCCGGCAAGCAGCUGGAAGACGGGCGCACCCUGUCCGACUACAACAUCCAGAAAGAGUCCACUCUGCACCUGGUCCUGCGCCUGAGAGGUGGGAUGCAGAUCUUCGUGAAGACCUUGACUGGCAAGACCAUCACCCUCGAGGUCGAGCCCAGUGACACCAUCGAGAACGUCAAGGCCAAGAUCCAAGACAAAGAGGGCAUCCCCCCAGACCAGCAGCGGCUGAUCUUUGCCGGCAAGCAGCUGGAAGACGGGCGCACCCCGUCCGACUACAACAUCCAGAAAGAGUCCACUCUGCACCUGGUCCUGCGCCUGAGAGGUGGGAUGCAGAUCUUCGUGAAGACCUUGACUGGCAAGACCAUCACCCUCGAGGUCGAGCCCAGUGACACCAUCGAGAACGUCAAGGCCAAGAUCCAAGACAAAGAGGGCAUCCCCCCAGACCAGCAGCGGCUGAUCUUUGCCGGCAAGCAGCUGGAAGACGGGCGCACCCUGUCCGACUACAAUGCUCAUGUUCUCUGUGGAAGUGGAAUUAAAGAGGGAGAGGGUAAAGCUGAACUGGCGGGAGGAGAUCGCUUCUUCCAUCGGGACUUAAAGCCUGAGAACCUGCUCUGCAUGGGACCAGAUCUUGUGAAAAUCGCAGACUUUGGAUUGGCCCGGGAAAUCCGAUCCAGACCUCCAUACACAGAUUACGUAUCUACCAGAUGGUACAGGGCCCCCGAAGUGCUCCUGAGGUCCACCAACUACAGCUCCCCCAUUGACAUCUGGGCUGUGGGCUGCAUCAUGGCCGAG